AAAAAGCUAUUGACUACUUAGAUUGAAGCCGAAUAUGCCAAUACGACAGGUAGUCAGGUAACGUCGGACAAUUAUGACUGCCAGAUACAAUCAUACCUUUGUUUUUUCUACUGUCGAUUUAAAUUUCAAAAUCUAGGCACAUAUGGAGUGUUUCGGGUUUAGGUCUACCAAUACUACAAAUAUUUUCCAAUCUACAUUACAAAGACGGAUCAAAACCAAAAUUUGCACACACCAUGACCAUGAAGUUUGAAACCUACUCAGCGAGUGUCUUUGGCUCUUGGAUCUUGACUCCUUGUCAUGCAAGCAAAGCAAAAGCAAAAAUAAGCGAUUCAAUUUUCUCACCAAAAUUUUUCCCCAAACAUCGACGGAGGGAAACUGAAGGAGAGAGAACCCGCUUUUCGUCUGCAUCGUCUACAACUACAACAGGCCAACAGCACAGCUCGCCUGGCUACAACCCAAACCCCAGCCAGCAGUCUAUUUAAUUCACUGUGCUGCCGUGCAGAGUUUUUUUUUUUUUUUUUUUUUUUUUACAAGCGUGCCCCCACACCGCCCCGCUCCUCCAACUCCGCCGCUUUUCAUUUUCACCUUCCCUUCCUCCCUUCGCUUCCCCUUGAGUGCAGCAGGACCCCCACCUGAUAAGAGCGGACUGCUCCGCUCUUGUCCUGCCACCCACGCACGCCAUGGACGCCUGGGAGGCCACCAAGGUGGUGUUCGACCGGGUGCGGGCGCUGGACCCGGAGAACGCCUCCAAGAUGAUGGGCCUGCUGCUCAUUCAGGACAACAGCGACAAGGAGCUGAUCCGCCUCGCCUUCGGCCCGGAGCACCUGCUCCACUCCUUCGUCGCCACCGCGCGCGCCGAGCUCGCCGCCAAGCCCGCGUCCCCGCCGUCGCCCGUGCUCGGCCCGCUGCAGUCCGGCGCGCCCUGGGGCCUCCCGAGCCCCGGCUCUGGAGCCGGCGGCGGCGGCGGCGGCGACCACCACCACCACUCGCCCUUCGCCGCCGCUGACCAGCUCGGGUACGACGGCGGCGCCGACGCGUUCUACGCCGACGAGUACGACUGCUGGUCCCCCGCGGGCGCCGCCGGCGCCCACCGCCGGAGCUUCUCGCUCAGCGACGCCGAGGCGGCCGCUUCGUGGAGGCCCUGCAUGUACUACGCGCGCGGGUACUGCAAGAACGGCUCCUCCUGCCGCUUCCUCCACGGCGUGCCCGAAGACGACGCCGCGGAGCGGGAGAUGGCCGUCAUGCGCGCCAAGGCCCUGGCCGCCGCGCCGCCGACGCAGCAGCAGCAGCUCAUGGCGUCCGCGUACCCCUUCUCGCCGUCGCCCAAGGGAGGCGUGAGCCUCAGCUUCCUGCUCCAGCAGCAGCAGCAGAGCGAGACCCAAAGGGCGGCGGCGGGCAUGCUGCUCGGCGGCGAGGACAUGCACAGGUUCCCGGUGCGCUCCCCGCGGAUGGACCGCGGCGACCUCAUCGGCAGCCCCGCCGCGCGGCAGAUCUACCUGACGUUCCCGGCCGACUCCACCUUCAGCGAGGAGGACGUGUCCAACUACUUCAGCAUGUUUGGGCCGGUGCAGGAUGUGCGCAUCCCGUACCAGCAGAAGCGCAUGUUCGGGUUCGUCACCUUCGUGUACGCCGAGACGGUGAAGGCCAUCCUGAGCAAGGGCAACCCGCACUUCGUGUGCGACGCCCGCGUGCUCGUCAAGCCCUACAAGGAGAAGGGCAAGGUCCCCGACAGGUUCAGGAAGCUGCAGCACACGCACCAUGGCGGAGCCGAGUUCGUCGGUUGUGCGUCGCCCACCGGAUUGCUGGAUUCCAGGGACCCGUACGAUCUCCAGCAGCCUCAGAUCGGAUCAAGGAUGAUGUACGGGAACAUAGCUAACCAGCACGAGGCGUUCCUGAGGAGGAAGCUGGAGGAGGAGCAGGCAGCCGAGCUGCAGCAAGCCAUAGAGCUGGAGGGGCGCCGCUUCAUGGGGCUGCAGCUCCUCGAUCUCAAGAGCAGGGGCCACCACCAUCUCGGUUCAGGCGCGCCCAUGCCUCUGCGGCAAGCCACCGAUGGCAAAGGCAGCGGCAUCAACGGGAACGGCAACGCGUCCCAUUUGGAGGAUGCCAUCUGCAUCCAAGAUAAGAGGAUGAUGAGCAGCCUUGCAAUGAGUGCUCCUGCUGCUGCUGAUGCGGAAGGCGAGCACGAGGAGCAGCAGGAAGAGGGCGGUGGUGGCUGUGAUGGCAGCAGCAGCAGCAGCCCCAAGCAGGCAGUCAACCCUGGGGAAGAGGAGGUGGUGGAAUCUGGUCCUGUGACAGCGACGCCCAACGCUGCUUGUGGAUUCCAAGAAAGCAGCUAUGGCGUGGUGGAGGUGGAGCUCGUCUUGCCUGACAGCCCCUUCGCGUCCCCCACCAAGGAGGAGGCCUCAUACGCUGACGCUGUCACUACUGCAGCCGCUCGGAACGGUAGCAUCAGCAGCAGCCCUCGCCAUGUGGCCCUUUUCGCACCCGCGUCUUCCACCACCCUCGAGCUGCCCCCCUACAGCUCCUCCUCCUUCUUUCAGGUGCCCAGGUUUUCUCGUGGGCAUGAAGCCAUUGGGCUGUGAUGUGAGGUGCACAGAGCAAAAAAGGGGGAGGGGGCCCUCCAUUCCUCUAAUCUGGGAGGACUAAUGGCUAUGAUUGGCCCCAUCAACCAGGCGUAGAGAAGCUUUGACAAAGAAAAAAGAAAUACCUUUGGAGAGGUGUAAUCUUCUUCAGAGAGUGGGAGGAGGGAGGGGACAGUGAAGACAGCAACAGAAGAAGAAACAAGUCUAGGUUGUUUUUUUAGCUCUUAGGCCUAUGAUAAGUAUAUGAUAGUAAGUGUGAGUGAGUGAGUAGUAGGCAUAAAUAAUAGUAGUAGUAGUUAAUUAGUCGUUUAUUAGCAGCUCCUAUGCUCGUUUGUGGCAUGGAUGGAUCUCACUGUUGUGAUGAUACAGGUGAUUAAACUAAACCGUAGUAGAAUGGUGUAAGCUCUGCCAGUUGUAGUUGCGAGGCUGCAUACAUCAGA